GCGGGAAAUAACAGCGUGGUCACAGCGUUCAUCACAACACAAACUCAAGAUGGCAACACAGUACGAAAAGUUAAGACAGAAGAAUUUAGAAGAUAACAGGAGGAUCUUAGCAGAGAUCGGAUUAGCAAACCCUUUUAAAGGUUUGCCAAAGGUCUCCCUCAAGAAGGGUGUCUUUAACAGAGCUAAUAAAAGAAAACCAGUGAAUUAUUCUGCUCCUCCUGCCAAAAAGAGGAUUGUAGAAGAUCUAGAAAAUACUGGAUCCCUGAGAGGCAGUAGAAGGAAAUCUGCCCGAAUUCAAGGAAAGGAAGUUCCCACAAAGGAGGAACUUGAGGAGGAGUUAGAAGAGUGGGAGGAAUCCGAGAACCAUCAUCGCCCAGUUGCGAAAAAUAGGCCCAACUUUUAUGGCGCUGUGGAAGAUGUGGAAAUAGGAACAGUGUGGGAAACCCGCAUAGAGGCAUGUAGAGCAGGUAUUCACAGACCAACGGUAGCCGGGAUCCAUGCCGGACCAGAUGGAGCUUACUCGAUAGCUCUGUCCGGGGGUUACGACGACAACGUGGACCUUGGAGAGGGUUUUACCUAUACUGGGGAAGGAGGAAGAGACUUGAAGGGAACUAAAGCCAACCCUAAGAAUCUGCGGACUGCCGCUCAGUCCAAAGACCAGGAGUUGACGCGCGGAAACCUGGCUUUGAGUCGCAAUGUGACCAGCAAUUACCCUGUCCGAGUGAUCCGAGGAUACAAACUCAAAAGUCCCUUUGCCCCCGAGGAGGGAUACAGAUACGAUGGUAUGUACCAGGUGGAGAAGGCGUGGUGCUGUAGCGGUCUCUCUGGGUUUCUUGUAUGGAAGUUUGCAAUGAAGCGAUGCCCCGGUCAGGCCCCGCCUCCUUGGACAAUCUUGAAUGCAGCAAGUCCUUCCAAGGAGAGUGUUAUGUCGGACAAAUCCUCAGAUGUGGGCAAGAGUGAUUCAGGAUUUGACUCGGACGAAACUGGCAGCCAUUUUGGAUCACAGGAAUCAUCCAACAUCAGUUGUCAAGGAAGUGAAGACGAUCAAUCGGUCAAAUCAGAUGUCGAUGAUCACGAAGAAAAUGAAACCAUACAACCAGAGGAAAAGGUAGAAGUGAAUUCAGAAGAUAAAGAGACAAAAACGGAGAAAGAAGAGAAAAAGAACGAAACAGACAUCACUGAGGUGAAACCAGAAACCGAGAUGGAAGAGGAAAAAUCGGACGAAGCUGAAGAUCAUCUGGAUGAUAAGGAAACAAAUUCAGAAAGAUAAGAAAGAGGACACUGUCAACAAAAAAUUGUAUGUUAAAUGAGACAAAUGUGAAAAUGAAGGGUGGGGGGACUGUUUAAACUCAGUACUUGAUAUUCAAUAGAGAUUCAAUUGGAAAAAAGUCUGGAGGAGGGGUUACCUGACAUCUAUGUUUAGAACAGCUUGUGAAAUUGAUUAUAACAAAUCCAAUUCUCCUGAAUCUUGAAUUUGACAUUUACUAGAUUUAAUUGAUGACAUUGUUUUAUAUUGAAGUUACUUGUUUAAAUUGAUGUAGAUUGAAUUGAUGUAUUCAGUUACCAGCUGUAUAUAAUGAUAUAAAGGAUGGUGAAUUCAGUCAAGUAAAUCAUAAUCAUGACAGACCAGAAAUAUUGGGUAUAAAAGCUCUAGUAAUUGGCACUCAUCUGAAUGCAGCGACUCAGUCUUACUUGCUCCUGAGUGAAGGACUAGUGUAAGUGUACACUCAUCCUUUUUUUAUUUUAUUUUAUUUUAUUUUUUUAAUUUCGUCCUUGACAAUUAACAUGCUAUAUGUAUAAAAGGUAUAGUUUCUGUAUUGGAAAGUGUAUGUGAUGUUCAUGUAUGUGAACACUGAAUAUUAAUCUGAUUGGCCAUCACUUACUGUGAAAUCAGAUAUAUUCGUCGGACCCUUUCAUUUGGUUUCCCGACAAAACACCAGUUUGUUGUUGGUACAUGAAGUCAUAGAUUACGAUUACCCGCUCUUACAUAGAAUUACUUUAUAUUGAAUUUGUAAUAAAUGACCUAUGAAUUUGUGAAUGAAGAUUAAUUACGAAAUCAAUGAAAUUAAAAACUCCACGAAAAUUACUGAUUUCAAAGUUACUGUUUGUAAUCUUAUUUCAAACUUUGGUUCAAUCAGUCAGGAAUAAAGUAUGUGUUUUACACAAUACUAACAGGAUCACAUGGGCCAGUGAUAUGUGUUAUACACAGUUUAACUAAUUAGAGUCGUCAACCCAUUUCCCCUAAAGUCAUAUUUGAACCUUACCAAAUCAAAGACUGGGCAAGUCCAAUUAAAAUCUACAGGGGUGAAUGAGUUGAAAGGGACAGGCCUUAUGAUCUGUGGACUAGAUAGCUUUUAGUCAAAGCCUUAUUUACCCUGAGGUCAUUUUCUGCAAAGCCUUGACAAAAAUUCCAAGUUCUUAAAAGGAUCUGCUAGGUUGUAUCCGAAAAACUGAUGCAUUUAGAAAUAAACAAACUGGUUGUUCACUGUAUUUUGUAUGAAAAUGUCCCUGUUAACGUUGAGUUCAAUUAAUAUUUUUGGUACCAAAAAACUUAACUGUUUGUUAAUAUUUCCUUUCUAUUGAAAAUGUUUUCACUAUAAAUGAGAUUCAUCUGUUAGCCCGUUUUGCUGUACAUAUAGAAUGUAACACAACUUUUUUUUAUUUUCUUAAUAUGAAUUACAUGUUCCACUUUAACUUGUAGAAAAAAUAUUGAACUGCAUUUAUUACAUAACUCCCUAUCAUAUUCAAUUUGCAUAUCAUUGUUACCACAUAGCUACAGUCCCUAAGUUUUUAUGAAGAAUUUCCGAACUGUAUUUUACUACUAGCUUAUCUCCCCCUAGUUCAGAACUUAGAAUAACACAUCCUAGUGAUAAAAAUUAUCAGAUUUUUUUUCUUUUCUAAAUAGUUAAAUAUUCUAAAUGGCCAGUCCAUUAUCACAGCUUCACUCAUAUUUCAAUUAAAUGCAGAUAUUGUAACUUCACGGAGGUCAGCUUAAAAUAGAUGGUUUUCCAAACUGGAGGUGGAUGUCAUUUUCAUUCUCCCAAUAUCAUUAUCAUUCAUCCAUCACUGACGGUUGGUAGUUACAAAUCUUCCAGAGUCAUUAUUCAUUACAUAAUCCAUGAUGUUGUUAUUUUUCAAGUUAAACUAUGAAUUUUAUGGGUGCUCCCUGGUAUCGCUAUAAAUGUAUAAUGUUAUGGUGCUCCGUUAUUUUGCCAUCACAGAGAAUUCCAAAAUUGUUUAUUUUGUUAUUAACACAAUUAGUUUUUCUUAAACAAAUUUACCCUGGCAAGUCAAAUUUGUUUUCA